UCUGACCCGUUCAACGCAGAUUCGUGCAAUUCGAAUUGACUAAGAGUAGCCAUACAAAUCAGCAAUAUGUCUGCCCCCAUUUACCUCGGUGUCAUCGGUGUCGGCGGCGUAGGAACCGCUUUUCUCAACCAACUGGCACGCCUCCCAAACGCCCCAAAACUGAUCCUCCUCGCCCGUUCCAGCCAAACCCUCCUCUCGCCUACCCCCUCUUACUCCCCCACCAUCCCCGCCGCGGAAUGGAAGACCGCCGUCGAAACUCCCUCUCUUACCAAAUCCGGCGCAUUGACCCCAGAUGAGAUUGCCACGUACCUUGCCUCUGCCCCCGGUCGCUCUAUUCUUGUCGACAACACCAGCGAUCCCGCCCUGGCAUCCAACUAUCCGGUAUUUCUGCGCAAGGGUAUCAGUGUCGUCACGCCAAACAAGAAGGGAUUCUCCUCGGACUUGAGCUUGUGGAAAGAGAUCUUCGCUGCGGCUGCUGAAGGGAAGGCGCUUGUUUACCAUGAGAGUACAGUUGGUGCCGGUCUGCCGGUUAUUUCGACGUUGAAGGAUCUCGUCAACACCGGUGACGAAGUCACGCGCAUUGAGGGAGUUUUCUCAGGAACGCUCUCGUUCUUGUUCAACACUUUCGCGCCGGCGUCCGGAUCUUCGAGCGCGAAGUGGAGUGAAGUCGUUAGCCAGGCGAAGGAAUUAGGAUACACAGAGCCUGAUCCUCGCGAUGACUUGAACGGCAUGGACGUCGCCCGCAAACUGACUAUUCUUGCACGUAUUGCUGGGCUGGAUGUGCAGUCUCCGGACUCGUUCCCCAUUGAGUCGCUGAUUCCCGCCGAACUGACGAGCCUGCCGUCGUCUGCGGACGGAAUUGCUCAGUUCAUGGCGCGUCUUCCCGAGUUCGAUAGCCAAAUGGCUGCUAUCAAAGAGGGUGCUGAGAAGGCCGGCAAGGUCGUGCGAUACGUUGGUAGCGUUGAUGUUGCUAAGAAGGAGGUCCGUGUUGGACUGCAGCAGUUUGACAAGGACAGCGCCAUUGCCGGACUCAAGGGCAGCGACAACAUUAUCUCCUUCUACACUCGUAGGUACGGCAGCAACCCACUCAUUGUGCAGGGUGCUGGUGCCGGAGGUGAUGUUACAGCUAUGGGCGUUACGGCUGAUCUGCUGAAGGUUAUUGAGCGUCUGUAAACCUUACUAGCCGCAAAUAACUUCCUAGCAAG